AUGGCGACAGCAUUAGUCAGUCCCAGUGGCCCGUAUCACCACCAACACCACAACUCUUUCAGUGCAGGAUACCCGCAUUCAGCACCACCAAGUUCGGGCGUGCCCGGCAUGAUUUCCCCCGUUGAGCCCCGCAGGCCAUCGGACGAUUCGUCGGACCAUGCUCGUGCCCAUGCCCACCGGCAAUCUCUGCCGUCGAUUUCGGAAGUCAUUGGCAACGUCAAGUCUUCCUUUGGCACACCUUCGGCGGCUCCAAUACCACCUCCCCCGAGUCUACCCUCCCCAUUUUCUUCCGCACCAUCGAGGCCACUUGGGAAUGUGGGAGCUCCCGACAAAACGCAGUCGCCAAGGACGCUGCUGCCGACGUCGACAAGCUUCCCCCGUCCCGACCCACUACCCGCAUUUUCCGAUCCCGCGAGAUCUGCUUUGCCCACCCGGCCGAUUCCCCCACCAUUGAACACAUACCCAAGUCAGCAACCGUCACCUCCAGUCAAGCUCGAGCACGCCGAGGUUGAUCAAAGGCAUCCCGAACAACAACCUCCCCUCAGUGCGACCAUUCGGCAACCACCUCCCCCGCCGCCUCCACCGCAGCCGAUUACCGGUCUUUAUGGAGAGACAGGCAGGCUCCCGCCUGGUCAACUCCCCCUAUCUGCCGCCCCCGCUUACCCCCUUUCCCCUCGGCACAGCGGCCCUCCCCUGACUUCGCCAUAUGAGACGCAACGGCCGGCCUCUUAUCACGAGGGCGUCACCGAUAGUCAAAAUGCUCGUCCCGCAGAUUAUAAGAGCGCUUUGGAUAAGCAUUUCGCUACUUGGGGUUAUGAGGAGGCGUUGCGCCAGGUGGCAAGCUCGUGCCGGACUGGCUACCACUUCGCCGAGGCGUACAUCGCUGCGGCUCGGGAGCAGCAAGGGUCGCAUCCGAUCCCGUCCAGAAUGCCGACGGAGAACGAAGUCACGUCCUUGUUGAACAAUUUCAUGCUUGCGCUCAAGAAGUUGGAAGAAAUCAGGGACAUGAUUCAGCAGAAUCGGUUGCAAACCGACCGCUCACGGGAAGGCGGUUCUAAGGAGGGAGAGGACGUUUCUAUGUAUGGUGAGGCCGUCAAGCAAACAUAUCCCCCAGUGACCACCGAGGUGAAGAAGCGGCGUGGUCGUGCUGCUCCUCCUGGCCGGUGCCACAGCUGCAACCGUAUCGAUACACCUGAGUGGCGGCGCGGUCCUGAUGGUGCUCGUACUCUCUGCAAUGCUUGCGGUCUUCACUAUGCCAAGCUUGAGCGCAAGCGUCAGCUCGACAGCCGAUCAGCGCUCCGCCCUAAGCCCGCUGAUGGAGCGGCAAAGUAG